CGUUUCCGGGCCUGGGCCCGGCGCCGCCAUCAGAAUCGGGCGCGUCCCCGCCGCGCGCGGCGACCCGUCUUCCGCUCCCGUUACCGAGGCAACCGCUGCGCCUACUCCGCGCCGGUCGCGAUAGUCCGUCCGUGCCAUUUUCAAACUGUCCCAGCGCCGGAGCCGGUGUCCGCGGCGGCGGAAGCCAGCGAGCGAGGCAGGCGCAGGGGAUGCGACCGCGAGCGGAGGGAGCGGCAGCCGGGGCGGCGGGACUUUAAUUUUUGGAAGUGAAUAAAGCUAGUGUGGAGGCCAAGAUGACUACAGCUGCAGAAAGAAAGUAUAUUAAUAUUAGGAAAAGACUGGACCAGCUGGGGUACCGUCAGGCUCUGACUGUGGAGUGUUUACCUUUGGUAGAAAAACUUUUCAGUGAUCUAGUUCAUACAACAGAAAGUCUUCGGAAAUCAAAAUUAUCUGCUGUGAAAGCUGAAAAAGAAAGUGCCAAUUUUGAUUUUGUAUUGGAACCUUAUAAACUUGAAAAUACAAGAUUGAGUAAGGAAAAUAAUGAGCUAUACCUGGAAUUAAUGAAACUGAGAGAACAGUCAGGCCAACAUAUUAAAGAGUUGAAAACCACAUUGAAAAAGUGUGCACGUGAAACAGCUGAUCUGAAAUUUCUAAAUAAUCAAUAUGUUCAUAAACUCAAACUUUUGGAGAAAGAGAGCAAAGCUAAGAAUGAAAAAAUUCAACAACUUCAAGAAAAGAAUUUACAAGCUGUAGUACAAACUCCAGGUGGCAAGAAGAGAAGCAUUGCUUUCCGGCGCCAGCGUAUGCAGAUUGACGAGCCAGCUCCGCCCUCUGAAGUCAGCUCCUACCCAGUGCCUCAGCCCCGAGACCCUUAUGUUGCAGACCUCCUGCAAGUGGCUGACAGCAGAAUUCACGAACUUCAGCAAGAAGUCUACCAGUUACAAGAAAAGUUAGCAAUGAUGGAAAGUGGACUGAGAGAUUAUAAUAAGCAGAUUGAACUACGAGAACGAGAGAUAGAGCGGCUGUCGGGUGUAUUAGGCAGGGGUGGCUCUCCUGAAAUCCUUUCUCUGGAGACUAGAAAUAAAGCCAACGAAAAGCUUAUUGCUCACUUAAAUAUUCAGGUUGACUUUCUUCAGCAAGCUAAUAAAGACCUGGAAAAGCAUAUACAAGAGCUCAUGGAGACCAAGGAAACAGUAACUACUGAAGUUGUUAAUUUAAGCAACAAAAAUGAAAAACUCUGCCAGGAGUUAACUGAAAUCGAUCAGUUAGCACAGCAGUUGGAAAGACAUAAAGAAGAAGUGCUCGAGACCGCUGACAAAGAGCUCGAGGAGGCCAGGAAAGAGAUUAAAAAAAACCUCUCUGAAAUUCGGAAUCUUGAAGAAACAAUGGGGAAACUUCAGCUGGAAUUAAACUUGUGUCACAAGGAAAAGGAGAGACUGAGUGAUGAACUCCUCAUGAAAUCAGACCUGGAAACUGUUGUUCAUCAGCUUGAGCAAGAAAAGCAAAGACUUAACAAAAAAAUUGAAAGUUUUGCAGUUACAGAAAAAGAACUUACUUUGGAAGUUGAAAGGAUGAGGCUAGAACAUGGAAUAAAACGUCGGGACAAGUCACCUUCUCGUUUAGAUACAUUUCUGAAAGGUGUAGAAGAGGAACGAGAUUUUUAUAAGAAGGAGCUGGAGAGACUCCAACAUGUGAUACAGCGAAGAGCUUGUUCUAGAAAUUAUUCUGCAUGUGAGAAAAUUCCAGUAUUUAAAACACUAGAAAAGGGUGAUUACAAUUCAGAAAUUCAUCUGAUCACAAGAGAAAGAGAUGAACUUCAGCGUAUGCUAGAAAGAUUUGAGAAACAUAUGGAGGACAUACAGUGCAAUGUUAAAUUAUUGACAGCAGAAAGGGAUAAACUGAAUGUCUUAUAUAAUGAAGCUCAAGAAGAAUUAUCUGCACUAAGACAAGAAUCUACCCAAACCACCGUCUCCCAUAAUACUGUUAGUCUAAUGGAAAAGGAAAAAGAACUUGCAUUAUCUGACUUAAGAAGAAUUAUGGCAGAAAAGGAAGCUUUAAAAGAAAAGUUGAAGCAUCUCCAGGAAAUGAGUAUUUUUGGAAAAUCAGAAUUAGAGAAAACGAUUGAACAUUUGACAUGUGUUAAUCACCAGCUUGAAAACGAAAAAUGUGAAUUAAAGUCUAAAAUAUUAAUAAUGAAAGAAACAAUAGAGUCUUUAGAGAAAAAAGCAAAACUCCAAGCUCAGAAACUUAGCUGUGUGGCUGGUGACACGUCUCAUCAGAAAGCAGAGGUGCAUUCACUUAGGCUGGCAAAUGAGCAGCUCCAGCAGUCACUUGAGGACUGUCAGCACCGACUUUCCCUGAAAAGAACUGAAGUUGAAUCAGCCCAGGCACAAGUUAAAAUAUUGGAGGAAAAAAUAGGUAAACUGCACCUCAAGAUGACAUCACAGAAUGAAGAGGCUCACAUGAUGAAAAAGACCAUUGGUGUUAUUGACAAAGAAAAAGACAUUCUUCAGGAGACAGUAGAUGAAAAGACAGAGAAGAUUGCAAACUUGCACGAAAUCCUAGCUAAUAAAGAAAAAGCUAUUACUCAGAUGAAGCUAACAGUCUCAGAGUAUGAAUCUUCUUUGAACCAGCUCAAGGAAACAUUGCUUCAUCGGGACCGUGAGAUCAGCAGCCUCCAGCGCCAGCUUGAUGCAGCUCACAAGGAACUCGAUGAAGUAGGAAGAGCUAAAGAAAUAUCCUUUAAGGAAAACAGAAGGUUACAGGAUGAUCUGGCUACAGUGGCAAGAGAAAACCAGCAAAUUUCAUUGGAAUUAGAAGCAGCAGUGCAAGAAAAAGAGGAAAUGAAAAGUCGAGUCCAUAAUUACAUAACUGAAGUGUCACGAUGGGAGAGCUUAAUGGCUGCUAAGGAAAAAGAAAACCAGGAUUUGCUGGAUAGAUUUCAGAUGCUUCACCACCGUGCUGAAGACUGGGAGGUCAAAGCCCACCAAGCUGAGGGUGAGAGCAGCUCGGUCCGCCUGGAGCUGCUCUCCAUUGACACCGAGAGGAGACACCUUCGAGAGAGAGUGGAGCUGCUAGAAAAGGAAAUUCAGGAGCACAUAAAUGCACAUCAUGCUUAUGAAUCUCAGAUCUCAUCAAUGGCAAAAGCCGUGUCUAGAUUAGAAGAAGAGCUGAGACAGCAGGAAGAGGAGAAAGCAGCAGUGUUAAAUGACUUGUCAUCUCUCAGAGAACUUUGCAUUAAGCUUGAUUCUGGCAAAGACAUCAUGACCCAACAGUUGAAUUCCAAAAGCCUUGAGUUGGAGAGGGUUGCAAUGGAAUUAGAAAAUGUAAAAACAGAAUCAGAGCUGUUAAAAAAACAACUGUCAAGUGAGAGACACACGAUUAAAAACCUUGAAUCAUUGUUGGCUACAAACAGAGAUAAAGAAUUUCAUUCUCAUUUAACCUCCCAUGAGAAGGAUACAGAAAUUCAGCUACUUAAAGAGAAAUUAACCCUUUCAGAAAGCAAAUUAAAUAGUCAAAGCCGAGAAAACACCAUGCUUCGGGCUAAAAUGGCACAAUUACAGACAGAUCUUGAUGUUCUGAAAAGGCAGAUUUCAACUGAAAGAUAUGAACGAGAGCGAGCUGUGCAGGAGAUGCGGCGGACUGGACUUCGCACACCGCCCCUGAGCUCUGCUCGGCGCUCUCCGCUGCCUUCCCCUGAGCACGGGAGCUGAUUCUUACAAAGGAUGACAGCUUUCAGUGAGUUGGCUAUAUGGAUUUUUUUAAAGGACAAACAGUAAUGAAAUAUUUGAAAUACUUGUUCCUGAAAAUCAUGAACAUUGACACAAAUUCUACCUCUGUCAACUUUUAUUUAAAUCAGUGAAUAUUUAUGUAAAAAAUUGAGUUUAAAAGAACUGUAUCUAUGUGUAUAUUUUCAUGUAUAUGACAGAACAGAAUAUGUAUUACUAGUGCUGAUGUUGUGUGUUUUCAUUGUUCCUGACUUAAAAUUACUCCCCAAAGUAUGUUUAUACUGUGAAUUAAUAUAAUGUAUUGUUCACAUUAUGCUUUAAUAAUCUUUUUCUUAAUGAGCCAUGGUGUAUGUUUGUAAAUAUUCUUACUGUACUUGUUUUUAAAGUGUAUUUAACUUUCAUUCUUAUGUUUAUGACCCAAAUCUUCAAUGCAUUCACAAAGGAUGAUCAACUUGGUGCUAUGCUGUCAUGUUUAACUUUUUUCAUCUAAAUGUAAAAUUAAUUAUUCGCAAUAUGCUAUCUAUCAUUGAGGGGGAUAUAUUCAAGUCUAUUUGUAUAAUAACAGAGAUCUUGAUAAAAUAAUGGUUACCAUGUAUUUGUUACUGCCAACUAGCAGAACUAUGAUGGGAAAGAUACAUUUGUAGAUUAUAUACAGUAUUUUGUUAUUUUGGCUAUCACAUGGACUCUUCACAUUAUACAGACUCUCAGAAUCAAACUGAAAGCUGUAUUUAGAAUUUUGUAAAAUGAUAGAAUAGAAAUUUGGGACAUUUUUCAGUAAGUAAAAUUCCUUACCUUACUAAUUUAAAAUUUUGAGUACCAAAGUAUAUACAUUCAAUAAUAUCCUGUUUUUUGCUUCUAAACCUGUGUAUUGUAAUUUAUCAGUCUUUGCACUGUGGCAUAUUAAAUAGAAAACAGCUUCCCACAAUUUUCAAAGUUAUAAUUUUAAGGAAUUUAGAUAUAUGCAGAUAUUAAUAAAAGAACAGAAUAUAGAUUGUCAUAUGGAAACUAAUCGUGUUUGAACCAUACACAUUUGAAGAAAAUCCUGUUUUUAAUAGACUUCAUUAUGAUCCAAAAAGAACUUAAAAACUGACAUAGGAAAAUGGAAGAGCAUUUAUUUAUGGUAUAUUUCUUUUUUCCUGUGGUUAUAAAGUGGAGUUUGUGUGUUUGUGUGCACAUGGGGGCACACAGUGCUUUUUUUCUACAACUAAUAUUUCUUAUAUGUUUAGAUUCUCCCCUGGUGCUCAGUGUGUGUGUGGCUAUGAUGUGGCUUACUUUCCACCACCCUUGUAAUUUUAUAUUUUCCAUCUCCUGUGUGUGAAUUUGUGUAUUAGAGCAAAAUGCAAUAGAAAUAAUAUUGUUUUCAAUGGCAUAUGGAAUAUCUUUUAAUAAAUGUGUGUAAAUAAAAUAAAAAUUAUUUGUUCCCACCUUUUCCCCCAAAGCAA